AUGUUCAAUCGAAAUACCAAUGGUGGGUUCCUUUUCGGCAACGCAAACACAUCUACACCAACUUCAACACCGACACCAGCUCCAAAUAGUCUCCAAGUACCUCAGAAAUCUGGAAAUCUCUUUGGUAAUGCCAAUGCAAAUUUAGGAGUCUCUACGCCAAGUCCCUCAGGUGGAUUAUUCGGCAAUUCUAACACUCAAGCUGGUGCUGGGGGCGGUGGAGGAUUGUUUGGAAAUCAAUCCACUACCAAUAAACCUCUUUUUUCUAACGGUGCCUCCACGACGAAUAAUACUGGUGGCUCUUCACUUUUUGGAAAUACGAAUACGAAUACAAAUACAAAUACAAAUGCAAAUACAAGCAACAAUACAACAGCUCCAUCGACAUUUUCAUUUGGUAACAAUGCAUCAAAGACCAACAAUAAUAGUUCUGGCGGACUUUUCUCGAAUAGUGGUAACCAACCAACAGGUGGCCUUUUUGGCAAUAAACCUACUGCUUCAGGAGGUCUAUUUGGUGGAAGCUCCGCUCCUCAACCACAGCAACAACAACCUCCCAAUGGUAACAUUACUGCAUCAAAUCCAUACGGAUUAAACAUCAACAAUAUCCCCAUUCCAUCUGUUUCCGACAUGCCUGCUCCAAUUACCUCCUCUAAGGGUAAUAAGCAGGGUUCAGAAAGUUCAUCAUCAGGCACCAGUGGCUUAAUAUCUUCUGGUUCCGUUAUGGAUGGUAAAAGGAACUUCUCUCUAUCCUCUUCCAGUCCUAGCAAUCUACCCACAACUACUUCGCUGCCCUCUUUUUCUCAUUCCAGCCUCGUAAAUAAACUAAGUGCAAGACUGAAAACCGUCAACCAAGCUUCUGCAGUUCAGGGUCUUUUUUCACCAUCUCGAAAUAAACUAUGGGAUAAUCAUGAAACUGGAGGUGUCCUGACCUCAAAUUCAUCCGAAUACAAGCCUACGCACUCUAAUAAUACCGUGCUACCUUCUAAGGGUCUUUCACCUUUCCCGUUGCAGAAGGGUGAAGUAUCAGACUUGAGGAAAUUGAAGAUUGAUCCAAAUAGGAGUGCGGCGAAAAAAGUGAAGUUGUUGUCAGGUAUGGCGGCAACUACUAAAUCGUUUGAACUGGACGAUGGAACGACUAGAAAUUGGGAUAUCAAGAAAUCAGAAAGCCGCAACUCUUCAGUAUCCAAUUUAAACAAUACAGAUACAGAUGAAUUUUCUAGUGCAGAAACAAAAGUUGAUGGAGAAGAAAAACCUGGUAAUACGAAGGAAGAGCCAAAGACUGAUUAUUGGUGUUCUCCAUCCCUCGAAAAGCUAUCUCAUCUGCCCAUGAAUCAACUUUCAAUUGUUCCUGAUUUUGUUAUCGGUAGAAAAGGUUAUGGUUGUAUCACUUUCAAUCGUGAGGUGGACUUGACGGCUUUUGCACCAAAUCUUGAAGAGGAACUAUUUGGUCGCAUUGUUGUAUUCCACCCAACAAAGACCGUUGAAGUUUACCCAGAAGAGUCUAAGAAGGCACCGAUUGGUCAUGGAUUGAAUGUUCCAGCUACAAUUACCUUGGAAAAUAUUUAUCCAGUGGAUAGAAAGACGAAGAAACCACUUAAGGAUGGCUCAAGGUCCGACGAAGUACAACUUUUGAUCAAAAGACUGAAAAAUAUGAGAGAUAUGGAAUUCAUUUCCUACAAUCCAUUUGGUGGUAUUUGGACUUUUAAAGUGAAUCAUUUUAGCAUAUGGGGGGUUGUAAAUGAAGAGGACGUUGAAGUGGAUACAGCAGAAGUGGAAAAACUGAAAAACGAAAAUAUGUCUAAUAGAACCCUUGCUUUUCCUAAGAACAAGAGAAAGUUAGUUCAAUCCAAUGCUCAAGGUUUUACGCAUUCUCCCAAAGAGAAUGGGGAUAGAACUCAAAAUGACCUGUUAGCAUUACAGGAUCAAAGCGGAGCGGAAGCAACAGAUGAAUUGGUCGAAGAUGAAAACGGCGAUGAUUUGUUUUUAGAGGAAAAGCCCUACGAACCUGAUGUUUCUGAACAAGAUUUUGCAGGAAUGGAAGUUGAACCCUCAUUGAAUGUAUCCACUGACUGGGUCACACAGCUGAAACUUGCUGGCUCUUCUUUACAAUCUAUUUUCGCUGCCCCUAAAGAUUUACUGGCACCAGGGAAUGAUGAGAUUGACAUGCUAUUUAACGAGUUUAAUCAGUCAGUGGAAUUGAAGAAGAAAAUUAAAAAAGAAAGAAAACUAACUUCUCCGUUGAAUUUUGCCAAAUUCUGUUGUGAUUCAAAAUUUUUGGUCAAAGAUAGUCAUGGUCCUGUUGGAGCCAAGCUGCAUAAUCUGCUGUUACCUUAUCAAAGAGAUGUAGCAAUCGUGAACUCCUUAUUUAGGAAACAACUCAAAGGGAGCGUUAUUAUGGAAAGACAAUCUAAUGCAUAUCCUGUGGUUACCCAGAAUUCUUUGCAAUUCAAAGAUGUGAUGGAACUACAUGGUCCAUCUGACCCGGACUAUCAAGUUUGGAAAUUGUGUUCACUUUUAUUCGAUGCCGUAGAUUUACCGGAUUCAUUGGACAAUGAAGAAGUUAAGGCGAAUUUGCUGAAAAAGGAGAGACACAGAUUGCUUUGUUCGUGGAUCGUUGAUCAAGUGCAGGAAGAAAUCGAUGCUAAGUUAAAGAAGACCACUAAUGCGCUUGACCAAAUAUUCUUAUACUUGGCAAAGAAUGACAUUGUUGGUGCUUCUCAAUUAGCUAUCAAAUCCCAGAAUGGGCACAUAGCGAUCUUGAUUUCUCUAUUGGGAUCAAACGAUCCCGGUGUUUGUCAACUAGCUUCUUUGCAGCUAGAUAAAUGGAACUCCGCAGGUAAUAAAGUUGAUUCAUCUGUGGCUCGUAUUUACCGAUUACUAACCGGUGAUUUGGUGAAUGGUUCAUUUCUAACAGCAGAAAUGAUGUCAGAAUUUAAUUGGCUGGCCUUAUUAGGCGUAGUCCUUUAUUAUGGUAAGAUCGAUGAAUUUUCCCUAGAAGAUCUCAUCAACCACUUCUUCAGGUAUUUCAAAAAACCUGAAAAUGACAUUUUCCUUAUCAUUCUGAGCCUAUUUAGUACACCAUCAUCUUCUGAAGCCCUGUUGAAAAAAUUAAAGUUAAAUACCACAGCGUUGGAAAGCCUUUUCCCUUGGUACUUUGCUCAGAUUUUGAGGUUUGGGACAGCCUACAAAUUUUCCAAUGUGAUCCUUGACCAACUCACUCUAACAUCUAUUGAAGAAUUGAAGUUUGCAAAUCUACACGAGGAGGCCUUAUUGGCAACAUGUUUCCUAUCCAACGAUUUUGUCGCUCAGCAACAGAUAGAUUCAUUGGUAUUCCAUAACAUCAAGAGAUUAAGCAAGUCUUCUAAUGGCUAUAUUUUGGACAGGCUUAAGAUCUCUACAAAAUUGAUUUAUCAAGCAAAGGCCCUUAACGACAAAUACAAUAGUAACUACCUGUCUGAAGCAAAACAUUUGUUGAAGGCAAAAUCGUUCGAAGAUGCGGAAAAAGUAAUUGUCACGCUGGUGGGACCUAGACUUGUAAUUCAGGGCGCAUCUACACGAUUAGAGGAAUUAGAAAUUCUAAGAACACUGUUGUCUUCUUUCCCCCAAAAUGAAAUGGAAAAUUGGGAAAGUGGGUUAGGCGUUUUUGACAAUUUCUUGAAAUUGAUUCUUGACAAAGACUAUAGGGAAGAACUAUUUUCUUCUCUAAUUAGUGGGCUUUCCUUGUUGCAUCAAGCCAACAGGUUUCACAAGGAAGUUCCUGUCUGUUGCAAUAUCAUGGCACAAGAAUUGGUAACCACCUUUAUCAACGAACAUGGUGGAAAACUCGAUGAUAACACCAAAGGGAAGCUACUAAGAUUACCUUUGGGCCAACCAGAAAAAGUUUAUUUGGAAUGCAUGUUGGCAAAGACUGUUUGA